GCUGCCACUGUGUGUGGGGCCCCAGCUCCUCCAUGCCCCCGGGUCUCCGGCUGGGCGGGCUCGGCCAUGGUCAGUAUGAACGCGCCCCUCAGCGCUCCAGUGGAAAGUCCCUAUGACACAUCCCCAUCAGAAGGUACCAACCUCAAUGCACCCAACAGCCUGGGUGUCAGCGCCCUGUGUGCCAUCUGUGGGGACCGGGCCACAGGCAAACAUUAUGGUGCCUCAAGCUGUGACGGCUGCAAGGGCUUCUUCCGGAGAAGCGUGAGAAAGAACCACAUGUACUCCUGCAGAUUUAGCAGGCAGUGCGUGGUGGACAAAGACAAGAGGAACCAGUGCCGCUACUGCAGGCUCAAGAAGUGCUUCCGGGCUGGCAUGAAGAAGGAAGCCGUCCAAAAUGAGCGGGACCGGAUCAGCACUCGCAGGUCAAGCUAUGAGGACAGCAGCCUGCCCUCCAUCAACGCGCUCCUGCAGGCCGAGGUCCUGUCCCAGCAGAUCACCUCCCCCGUCUCCGGGAUCAACGGAGACAUUCGGGCAAAGAAGAUUGCCAGUAUUGCAGACGUGUGCGAGUCCAUGAAGGAGCAGCUGCUGGUGCUCGUUGAGUGGGCCAAGUACAUCCCGGCUUUCUGCGAGCUCCCCCUGGACGACCAGGUGGCCCUGCUCCGAGCCCACGCCGGCGAGCACCUGCUGCUCGGAGCCACCAAGCGGUCCAUGGUGUUCAAGGACGUUCUGCUUCUAGGCAAUGACUACAUCGUGCCUCGGCAUUGCCCGGAAUUGGCAGAGAUGAGCCGGGUGUCCAUGCGCAUCCUCGACGAGCUGGUGCUACCCUUCCAGGAGCUGCAGAUAGAUGACAAUGAGUACGCCUGCCUCAAAGCCAUCAUCUUCUUUGACCCAGAUGCCAAGGGGCUGAGCGACCCGGGCAAGAUCAAGCGGCUGCGUUCCCAGGUGCAGGUGAGCCUGGAGGACUACAUCAACGACCGCCAGUACGACUCACGUGGCCGCUUCGGCGAGCUCCUGCUGCUGCUGCCCACCCUACAGAGCAUCACCUGGCAGAUGAUCGAGCAGAUCCAGUUCAUCAAGCUCUUCGGCAUGGCCAAGAUCGACAACCUGCUGCAGGAGAUGCUGCUGGGAGGUCCGUGCCGGGCCCAGGAGGGACUGCGAGGGUCCUCCAGUGAUGCACCUCAUGCCCAUCACCCCCUUCACCCUCACCUGAUGCAGGAACACAUGGGCACCAACGUCAUUGUUGCCAACACAAUGCCCGCUCACCUCAGCAACGGACAGAUGUGUGAGUGGCCCCGGCCCAGGGGGCAGGCAGCCACCCCUGAGACGCCACAGCCUUCACCGCCAGGUGGCUCGGGGUCUGAGCCCUACAAGCUCCUGCCAGGAGCCAUCGCCACAAUUGUCAAGCCCCCGUCCGCCAUUCCCCAGCCGACCAUCACCAAGCAGGAAGUCAUCUAGCAAGCCGCUGGGGGUCGGGGGCUCUGCUGGCCCCCCAGCCCCCUCAGAGAGCCCCGGUGGUCACUUGGUCACAAUGAAGGAAGCUGUGACAACAGGGCAGUCCCAGAGCAGUAAUGGAAAGGGCAAAGAGCCCAAGAACUUGGGCUGUGGGUCACAUCCCAUUGCCACCCUUGACCCCCUGCUCUGGGUGACGGGGCUUUGACUUGGGGAGACCUCAGCUGGAAAAUCCUCUGCUGCCUUGGACAACUUUCUCUUGCCGAAGCCACUGCCUUCCCCUUCAUCCAUAUCUACCCCCAACUUCGUCACCCCCAAAGGACAGCUGCCUGGAGAUGACAUGGGACCUUGCUUAAACAUAGCUCCCUUAUCCUCAGACUGGUCAUAGUGUCCAGACACAGAGCUCUUUGAGGCUGGGUCAGAUCACGGCACCUUACACCUCCCCGUUCUGCUGCCCCAACCUCCAAUUCUCCCCUCCUCCCACAACUGUCACCUUCCUCAGCAGUCCUAAUUUCUCCAAAGCUACCCACCAGAGGCUGAGGAAGACAUGGAAACAAUUUCCCCAGUCAUUCCGGGACCAUUGUUAAAGCACUGAUUGGGGCUAGGUACAGUGUAGGAUACAGUUCAGAAGGAAAAUGCAUAGCUCUUCCCUUCUUCAGGUACUGGGGUGGGUCCCACCAAGGGUGGGACCCUUGAGUGAUCCCUGGGUUGGAGUGAUGAUCUCUACAGGCUUUCAUCAACGCAAGAACAAUCCAAGGUGGACAAGAGGAACUUGGAGAGGGGCUGGCAUGGUCAGAGAAAGCAUCCGGAAAGGGGCAGACUAGGUACCAGGCCUUUAAGGAAAGGUUGGAUUCCAGCUGAUGGAGCAGGUGAGACGGGACAUUCCAAGGAGGGCAGACAGCCCGGGCCAGGCCUAGAGGUCAGAAGAAGGGCAUGGGAGGGAGGCGAUGAAAGACAGGCCUCUCUGGAGCAGAGCAGGCACACUGGACAGCAUGGGGGUCUUAAAUGCCAGACCGAGACAUUGAGAUUUGGGUUCCUAGACCGCGAGAAGCUGAGGAGGGAUAUGCAGUGAGCUGAACUUUCAGAAGCUGAAGCCAGCAGCCCUACAGAGGUUGGAAGGUUGGGAGGGAGCAGGGAGAUCAGAUGGGGGCCAAUGAUGUACUCCAGGUGAGAGUGAGGAGGCUUAGAGAUGGAGACGAUGGAUGGGUGAAUCCUCAGGGCAGAGUGAUAUCAAGGAGGAAUUAUCCCCCAGGGCCUGUCUCAACUCUUCCUUAUUCCCGGCACUGUCUUAAGGCACUUGACAUGCAUCAUCUCCUUUCAUCCUCCCUAUUACCCUGAGAUCCUUACAGAAGGUGAAAUUGAGAUCUAAGAGGUUAAGUGAUUUUUCUGUUCACACAGCUAGUAAGUGACAGAGUCAGGACUUGAUCUCAGGUCUGCCUGGAUCAGAACAGGAGCUCUUAACUGUGGUAGCUGAGCAUCUUCUCUGAAAGGGCACCUCUGUCCUCACUGUGAUCAAGUUGAGGGACUUCUUGCCCCCUUCACCAGCCUCAGAAGCCAAAGCCUCAUUCUUCCCAGGCACCCUGCCCACGCCUGGGACUAAGAGGGGCCUGAGACGGCACUGAAGUCCAGUUAGGGUCCAGAAUCCUGUUUGCUGAGAAACGAGGAGAAUUCAUAAUUCUUGGACCCCUUUUCUCUCUUCUUUCCCCAAGUCUGAGGGAAGGGGCCUCAGGGGUCUGGUUCUUGGGGGACAAGCCAAUGUGGCCUGGCAUUCUGGGGAUGAGACGGUUUGAGUGGGGGUAGGGGAGAGGUAAGAAGGCCUGGGUUUCAGACCUGCUCUGGGGAGCACCACUCAAAGUACAUUCUGGAACCAUUAAACCCCAGGAUGGAACAACCAGCGCCUCAGCCAUGUGGAAUCUUGGUGGCUUUGGGGAAAUUCUGGAAAAUGCCACUUGCCAGUGGGAAUUAAAGGGAUGUGUCCUGGGACUAGAGCUGUGCUACAUAGGAUGGUGAACAGUUAGACUGGCUAUGUACCCCCACCCAGGGCUGACCCUUCUGAGUGGAUGAGGGCAGUACCCCAGUGCCCCCAAAUUCCAUCAUUAGUGAUUGUUCCUUUUUUCAAAAGAGGCAUGAAGGGUAUUGGGGCAGUAUGUCCAAGAGAAAUCUCUACAUCUCCAGUGCUGUCAGGAUUGGCUUUCCCUGUCUAUCAAGCCAAGUCCUCAAUCCAAGGAAAGAUUGUCCCCUGCUCAGAGCUCUCAGGCCUUCCUCAGCCACCCUUCAUUCCAGUUCCCCAGAAAUCCCAGCCGGGGGGCUCAAACUGGUCUGGAGCAAGGUAGGGAACCUGGAAUCAUUCGGUCAUUAUGGUCAUUCCCACUCUUUGCAACUCCAUGCCCCAAUGUUACUCAGGCAUCUGUCAGGGGAGCAAAGUUGAGAUAAGAAUUUCCCAUGUGGUGGAGUGAGGUAACAGUGGCUUUUAACAAUAGCAAUCUUCUGGGUCAAGGGGUCAGUCCUCUGCCCAAAUCAACCCUUCCCGGAGGAGAAAUCCAUUCCACUUUAAUAAUUUUGUUGCGAUGCAGAGAACAAAACAAAGAGAAGUUGACUUUUUUGAUUCUAAACUGAGGACACCACAUUGGAAAAUCUUUGUCUUUUUUGUUUUGCUACCUGAGUUGGGGUCCUAAAACACAAAAUCUGAUGGACUUGAAAAGGGUUGGGAGGGAGAGCAUGGGCCCUAUAAUUCCUCCACUGAGACAAUCCCCUCUCUAGGCAGCUCUCAGGAGCUUCCAGAAUCUACGUGGCUCUUCUGAGAGUGGACAGAGGAGACAAGAGGGUUGGAAAUGGAUGCUCCUAGAUUUCUUGUGAUGACCAAGCCAAUUACUUUAGCCAAAUUGCUCUGUGAUUUGCCCUGAUUGGGAUGAAUUGUGAAAUUCACAUCAAGCAAAUCCGGAAGUGGGCUGCGUCCCGUCAGGCUGUCAGCCUCUUCUGUUGGUAUGAAUGUCAUUAGGUCCUGUGCUGACCCCUGAGCCCCCGUCACUGCCGCCCAAUGGGGCAAAGAAGCAAAAAACGUUACUUACUCUUAUGUGUUUUAACAAAAAUUUAUAAAGCAAAAUAAAUGGC